AUGGCUGGCUCGCAGCUUUGCGGGCACCAAUGUGUCUGCCGCACCUUGGAGGCGAUGUCACAGCUGGACCCAUCAUCCCUGGGCUUCUCUGAUGAAACUGUUGAAGCUGCAGCUCUUCCAGCAGUGCCAUUGGAAGGGGAGGUGGAUUUUAGCAAUGCUUCCAGCAUCAGCUUCCAUCCUGAGGGCAACCGUUCCAACAAGACGCUCAAAGGUAUUCUGGCCUUGGCAGCUGAACUGAAAGACGAGCACCCUGAGGCCUGGGAAUCUGAGCUGCGUGGGCCUCGAAGCCUUCAAGGUGAACCUGUUGAGGAGCAAGAUAUGUCUGAUGAGGCAUCAGGUAUAGCAGCAACAGUCUCUGAGUCGACCAAUCCUGAGCUGCCAGAGCAUGACAAUCGCUGGCCGCGUGUUUGGUUGGACAGGGCUCAACUGUCACCUUUGACCCAGUGGCCAGCUCCCAGCGGUCCCAGUGAGGGAAUUCACAAGAAUGUCCUCGCGCAGCAUGCGAGUAGCAUUAAGGAGACAUUUCACGGGUGGAUUUGCGGCAGUGGUAUUGACGAGUCCAGUUCUACGCGUCGGCUGGUGUCAGCGGCACCCAGUCGAUCAAGACCCAUGGAGCGCGCCUCGUUGCGAGCGACUUUUCGCCUGCGCUGUGCCGAGCGCAUCACUCCCAGUGAGGUGAGUAAGGAUUGCCCGGUAAAGUUAGUGGUCUUCGAUUUUGACGAGACUCUCACACUGGCAACCUUCAUGACUGGCAACUGUGAGUAUGCAGACGACGAGGAGAAGGACAUCGCGAGAGUGAUCAACUUCGAAUCGCCGUGGGUAGAGGGAUCGAGGAUCCUUAAACUUCAGAACAUGCUUGCAUCCAUCAAAGAUGGUGAAGAUGGUCGGCACAGAACACUGACGGUGCUCACCAACAAUGGUAAAGGAGUACAGGCAGUGAUCAACAUGCUGAAGAUCGCGGGCCUGGACAAAUAUUUCAGCGCCGUGUGGACCAUGCCAUGGAGACAGUACAUGCCCAACGGCGCGUACAAAGACCAGAGCGGGCAGUGGAAGUUAUUUGAUCCGCCCUCGGACAAGGUUCGAAAUCACAAAGCUGACGUUUUGUCGCAUGUGACCAAGAGCCCGGAAGCGUGGUUCCCUCAGAUAGGUAGCGAGGCGGCUUUCAAGGACCUUGCGACUCUGUCUAUGGGGAACAUUGUACUAGUUGAUGAUCAGCGUGCCAACUUUCAAAGCCAGUUCGGAGCCAGUGUGCUGCGAUAUUGCAAAGUUGCUCGAUAUGAUGCCGACUUGUACUAUGACAUGCGAAUGGUGAAGAACAUGGGGGGCAUUGGUGCGCACCAUGACGCUGAUUACGACACCUUGAAGCGUUUCGUUGAAGACCCAUGGAUGUGCAAGGAAACGAUGCACGUGAGAUGUCAGGAACGUGACUUCCACGACUUUCAGAAACAUCCACCGGUGAAGCUGGUGGUCUUUGAUUUUGACGAGACGCUCACCAUGGCCACCUUCAUGCCUCGUAGCAAGGCCAUCACCACCAAGGUUGGCUGGAAUCCAGCGGAAGCAGAGUUCAAGGACUGGAGUCAGGAGGACCUUGUGAAGUACAACUUCGAGAGUCCUUGGGUUGAUGGAAGCCGAGUGGAGAAACUUCGCGCGCUUUUUGAAGAGAUCGCUCAGGACAAAGCCUUGGCCAUCCUGACUCAAAACAAGAGUGGUGUAGUGGCCGUGCUGAAUUUGUUGCGCUUGGCCAAUCUGCUGGAGCAUUUCAGUGCCAUAUGGUGCAUGUCUGCUCCACAAGGUGACUGCGAUGGCGCAUUUUUUGAAAAUGGCAGAUGGAGCUUGUUUCGAAGCCCUUGCAACGAAGUCCAGCAGCACAAAGCGGAUCUUCUGACGCAUGUGGCUGUCCAGCCGCUGCGCUGGCUGCCUCAACUCAGUAGUGACACGAAGUUGGCUGCCAAGUUGAGCGACCUCAGACUGGAGCACAUGGUCUUGGUGGAUGAUGAGCGUGCCAACUUCCGAAAUGACAGCAGCGUCAGUGCAGCCAAGGUCUUGAGGUAUUGCAAGGUCUCUCGAUAUGACGAGACGUACCGUGAUUGCGGGCUUUUGGAUCAGAUGGGGGGUUUGGGAGCGCAUAGCGAUACCGACUACGAAGAACUUCGGAACUUCUUGCGGCAGCCAUGGGAGUACCCGUACCCCACACGUGAGGAGGGCUCUCCAUCAAUGGGGAAGAAAAAAACCACCAGCAACGUGAGCUUCUCCAGGGAUGGACAGGUGAACGACAAGCUCGAACCAUUGGGUGACCUGAGCUUCGAUGGCCCCGCACAGCUGCUGCAACAACUGGAUGCGGUGCGAUGGUUGGCCUUGACCUUCCCCGGACGCUUAAUCCGGGCAGGUGAGUUGAGACCGCUGCAACAGGUUCCCUGCGACUUUGUGUUGGGACCUGCAUCAGCGAGAGAAACCUUAGCCGAAGCCAUGGCAUCGAAGUUGAUCCUGGAUGGUUACUGUGAGACCAUGGUCUUAGACCAGCACAAGAAUAUCCAGGAGAUGCUUGCCAUAGCCACAGGUAGCUUGGAAUUUGAACGCGUCCCGGCAGAGUUCGAGCCCUAUUAUUUGGGGGUGGAUAGCAAAGAGAAGCAUGCACUCAUCGAUUUUGAGGAGGCAUCCAACGAGGUGUACCGUGUCUUUGAAGAGGAAGAUACGCGCCUCACGCGACUGGGCGACAGCAUUUCAAGCGUGCUGAGGAAGGAACUUGGGAGUCGCAUCACUGGAAGGACGAAUCUCAUGGUGAGACAAACCUUUGAGAAUCAACAGGAGGAGGCUUCAUAUCAAGCCACCCAAGAGCCUGGUAGCGCUGAAAGGGAGACCUUCAUCAGCCUGGUGAAGCGACGACGCGUUUGUAUGAUGCAUUUCUUAGGCCCAAAGACUGGGACUCUGAAGCUCAUACCGCACCAGUCCGUAUCUUCGCGCAGCACAUCAGAGAUUGACAUUGAGGCAACGCCCGGGAAGUUGGUGAUGUUUUUGACGGAGCGGUUCAAGUACAGCCACACGUGUGCUGGUCGGACCACCACCUUGCAAACGUGGCUGCUUGGGCAACGUCCAGGGUAUCAGAUGCAGAGCUUUGGUGGCGACAUGUCAGUGCUUGCGAAAGCAGCAGAGACCGGCGUACCCAGCCCGCAGGGCGAGUCAGUGGUUGUGAACGGCGUUGCAACGGCUAUUGGUGGCGAUUCCAAGGACCACCACUGCUACUGGCUCAUGUUCAACAAGGCUGGAACCGAUACAGCAGUGAUGACGCCCAUCUCUCGUUAUGACCUCAACAAUUACUACCUGGACACUGAAAACAUGGCAGAUGCCCAGGCCGCAGGAAAGGCGUACACCGCUCAUCAGGGCUACGUUGAUGGGAUCGAAUUUUUUGACCACAAGUUUUUUGGCAUCUCCAACGUUGAGGCAGCUUCAAUGGACCCCAAUCAGCGCAAGACCCUGGAAAUCGCCUACGAAGCCAUCAACAUGGCAGGCAUUGACAUGACAUCCUUGAAGCGGGCACCAAAGCAUGUUGGCUGCUUUGUGGGCGUCAGCGGUUCCGAAUGGGGCAUGGUGCCACACCCCAUUGAUGCAGCAGGUUGUGGAAGCGCUGAGGCGGUCAUUUCCAACCGCGUAAACUUCGCGUUGAACCUGAAGGGUGCUAGUCAGACCAUCAACACUGCAUGUUCUGCCGGUCUUGUGGCAACACAUACUGGGAAGUUGUAUUUGAAGUACAAGGACUUUGACCCCUUGGACGGCUCCAUCUGCUGCGGCACUCAGUUGGCCUACAGCCCCUUUGGUUUCGUCUCCUGCUGCAGCGGUGGAAUGCUUUCCUUCCGUGGCAGAUGCUUCACUUACGACAAGUCUGCAGAUGGCUAUUUGAGAGGGGAGGGUGUUUCUGGCAUCUACUUGGAGCUCCAGCCCUACAGCAAUCAGGUGUUUGCUAGCAUGCCAGCAAGUCAGGCCAACCAGGAUGGGAAGAGUGCCAGCAUUACAGCGCCGAACGGCCCCUCGCAGGAAAAGUGCAUUAAAGCAUGCUUUCGAGAGGCAAAGUACUCACCUGCUGAAGUGGACUGCUUUGAAACACAUGGCACCGGGACAGCCUUGGGUGAUCCGAUCGAGGUGGGUGCUUUUAAGCGGAUCUAUGCGCAAGUGCCAAGGGUGCAGCCGUUGUUGGUCACCAGUUCCAAAACAAAUCUGGGUCACCUGGAAGGAGGAGCAGGAAUGGCUGGAUUCAUCAAGGUCGUCUUGCAGGUCAUGAGAUGCGAAUCAAGUCCCAACAUUCACCUGAACGAGAUGAAUCCUCACCUUGAUGUUGAAGGAUUUCCGGCCCAGUUCUUGACGGAGGGAUGUCCGACCCACUACAACAGCUGCGUCAGCGGUGUGAGCUCCUUUGGCUUUGGUGGCACCAAUGCCCAUGCCAUGGCCUUCUCCCAGAACGUUUGCACCAGUCGAGACACUACGAAGAAGGAUUACAGGAGUCUGAUGAUGCAGAAGAUCAUGCAGGCUGGAGCACCUGAGAUCAUCAAAGGCAGUCACAAUCCCGAGGAUUGGGACAGCAACGGAGCUCCUCUGGGCGAGGACAAAAUUGGCAAGCUGUACGAGGUGGAGGUCGACUUAAGCGGCAAGGUGGUGUGGCGUGAAGUUGUAGACACACCUCCAGAUCCAAAAGCACAUGAGAGGUUUGGCAUCGCCGGGAGCUUCAAUAGUUGGAGCUGCAGUCCCAUGGCGGAAGUGCCCGGACUUCAUGGGCUGUUUGCUGCCGAGAUCACCAUCGGUGAAUCUGGUGCCGAGUACUUCUACAUCUUAGGAGAUGAGGACGUUGGUCAGGUCUAUUACCCAGCUCUUCCACGCUGCACCCGGAAGUUGGUGGAUGUGCGCGGUCCCACCACCGUCCUCGGAAAUCCAGAGGAGCAUGCCUGGUGUAUCCAAGGGCAACCUGGGUCCAGGUUCAGGGUCGAGUUUCAGAUCACCAAACGCUCGGUGCUCGUUACCUGGCUCAGGAUCGCCGAGGCCUUGCAAGCCUGA